AUGGAAGAACACAAGGAAGAACAAUUAGAUCUUGAGUUGGAAAAAAUGGAAAUCUCAAGAUUGGCACAAUCAAAAAGAAAUAUUAACAGUUUGAACAUGGACCUUGAAAGGGAUAUGCAGAGAAUAGAUGAAGCAAAUCAGGACCUUCUUCUCAAAAUCCAAGAGAAAGAAGAUGAGAUUCAGAGGCUGGAAAGUGAGAUCAAUCAGACAGGAGACCUGGCAGAAGAUGAGGAAUGGGAGAAGGAGAACUGCACAACCAUUGAAAGGGAAAGAGCCAUGCAGGAGCUGGAAGAAGAAACAGCCAGACUUGAAAGGAAGAAUGAAACACUGGUGCACAGUAUAACAGAACUUAAAAGAAAGCUUACAAGGAGAAUACAUAAGACAAUCAGGAAUGAACAAGGCAAUAUAGAUGAAACCUUGGAAGAGUCAAAGGUUAAGUUACAACAGCUGGAAACAUCCUGUGUAGAUCAAGAGACGGAGCUGGCCAAGGUAAUGGACGACUAUGCAUUUGUGAUUCAGCUCUGUGAAGAUCAGGCCCUCUGCAUAAAGAAAUAUCAGGAAACUUUGAGGAAAAUAGAAGAAGAACUAGAGACUCGAUUCCUUGAGAAAGAAGUAUCAAAAGUGUUGAGCAUAAACUCUGAAAGAAAACAGCGUAACAGUCAAAAUAAUGAGGAUAAUUCUAUCCAAAAGAAAGCAAUACUAUUCUGUAGAAGGGUUUCUGGAUGUCUCUUUUUUAUCAUCCUACUUUUCAUCAGACUUCUGGGCUAUAUGUUUUUCCAUAUAACUUAUAUAAAUCCAGAUCUCCUUAUCAACGUACUGCCCAGGAUAUUGAACAGGGGCAUCUUGUGGAAGCUAAGAUUCUUCCUCUUUCCAUCUCUCACGCUGGAGACAGAGGACAUAUUACCUCACUGA